AUGGUGGAUCCUAAGCUUAUCGAGCUCAACGAAGGCGCAAAGCACAUAGCUACUAUCGCGUAUCUGAACGAGAAGGGCUAUCCAGAUAGCGAACCUACGACUGUCCUGUACACGAAGACACUUGACAGACUCGUCACGGCUGUCAACAAGAACAGCGCCAAGGUCAAGGCCGUGACUAACAACCCCAUGUUCACCUUCAAGAUUGGCCAGCCCUUCGGUGACAACGCCCUUGUCAUGGCCAAGGCACGCAUUAUACCCCAAGGUCAGGAGCCCCAGGCCUUUGCAGAUGUCUGGUGCGAUCAGAUAUCCAAGUACUUCAAGGGUGGUGCGUCUGACCCGGACAUGGUGCUGCUUGUGGCCGAGAUCGAGGAUGUCGCCUGGCGCAUCAAGAAUUGA